GGGGUCAUUUCCCAUCUCAUCUAAACCCAAACUUCCACCCUGUGUCAUCAUUCCCCACCUCCCUCAUGGUGGCAGAACUAGCAGCAUCCUGAAUUCAGCUCACCUCUUUGCAGUACCUUCAUAUCCAUUCCCACCAGACCCUUUCCAGUACUGGGACUCCAUGCUUUGUUGGACUGGGCAAUGGAGGAAGCAUUCUCGGUAGAUCUGAGAUGUUGAUUAACCACUUUUUUUUGUGCUGUAUGGCACCUAAAGCAAAAUACAUAGAAGUUAAAGCUCCCAUCCCCCUGGGUUAUACACAGGGAUUUUCCCUUUCUCUACCACUGCAUUUUGGCAGUGCCUCUCUAUUUGCCUCUGUGGACACCUGCCAAACUUGGUCAGGUGUUUUGACGCAAAGCUUUUGGCAGGUCUGUGAGUGAAGAGGAAACCUCUUGUGGAAGUGUUAUGAAAAUAUCCCAGCCCCAGGGAUGAGAGUGCCAUGGCCAAGCAGUCCAGCCAAGCCUGAUCCAGUUCUAGCAAAGCUGCAGCAUGGUGCCAUGAAGUGCAGAGAUACCUGCCACCACACUGGGAUCUCUAACAAGGUGGCUUGUCCCUGCCAAACAGCACAGAAAGGCAGGAGUUGGUGUCCGGCCAAAAGAACAGUGUGGGCAUCCAGGACAACAGCAAAAGAAUCCCCAGGGGGAAUUUCUCAGAGUCCCUGUGAUAGGCCAUGAGUUUGGGACUGAAGAAGAUAAAAAGGAGGAGGGAUGUGCUAGGAGAGGGGUGUUUUCCACUCAGCCCUGCUUUUUAGGCUACCUGGAUGAGAGAUGUGCUGGGCACAGGGCUGCCAGUGGGCAUUGAGAGGUGCCACCCCAAAGGGGCACUCUGCUGCCCCCAGUUUGCACACUGCAGUCCUGCUGCCAUGCCCUGCCCCAAACACUGCUGUCUUGGAAACAGCAGAUGUUGAUUCAGUUGAAUCCCACCUGAAUUUUCAGCUGCCACAGCCAUAUGCCUGCUCCAGGCAUCACAGCAAAGGCACGGCUCAGGAAAACAGGGACAGUGCACGCUGCAUUUUGCACAUCAAAGGUCCUUUAAAGCAGCAAAUACAAGGAAGAAGUGUGAAUACAAUACUGGUUAUCAUUCUCUGUGUGUUCAGCAAACACACUCCCUGGGACCUCAGUAAUGCUCAGUAAUUCUUCCUCUAACUCAUAAAAGUAAAAGCAUCAAAAUCAGCAGCUGACAUCCAGAAGAGGCUGGAUAAAUGUUACUGCUUCUAAAGUGAGUGAGCUUUCCCUUCCUUGCAGCCCUGCAGCACCCUGUUGAGGCAAUGGCAGCAGAAAGAAGGGACAGGGUAAAUGUUGAAAUAGGUGAUAAUUUCCAGCCUUCCUGCAUGUGAGAGAGUUUCCCAAAGAGGGCAUUGAUCUUUCUAGGCUACUAUAGGCCUUAUAAAAAACUUGUGCUCCCACCCCUCUGCACAGCCGUGCUUAUUUCUGCAUUCCUUCAGAACUGGCCAGGUCAUGCAGACCUCCUCACCUCCCUCGUCUGUCCCGGGCACCCUGACAUCAACCCACGCAUCUCACAGCUGCCGUCCUAGUGCUGGUGUGGCUCCAGUUACAGCCCUAUAAAGGGUGCCAGGCUGCAGAGCUGGAAGGAGCUCUUAGCAGCCUUGCAGCCAUGGGGAGAAGUGCUUUUGCCCUGGUCCUCGUCCUUGCCCUGGCAGUGUGUGUUGCCCCCGUGGAGAGGAAGUGCCUUCUCUCCGGCUCGUGGCAGAGCGACACCAGCUCUCGGAUGGUCGUGUUCACCCUGGACAAGGACAACAGAUUCUCUGGUUUUUACCUGCCGGGACCUGCCGCUGGCAACUCAGAACUCCUCACCUCACCCCUAGAGGGGUCCCAACAAGAUACAGAGUUGUCCCCACAGCCCAUCUUCUCCUUCACUGUGAACUGGCAGCUCCGAGACUCAGAGACUGCCUGGACAAGUGUCUUCCUGGGCCAGUGCUAUGUGGACACCAAAGGGGAGGAGACCCUGCAUGCCCUGUGGCUCCUGCGAGAGGCAGCUGACAGCCCUGCAGAGGACUGGAAGGCCACUCAGUGAGUGUUGGGUCCCAGCUACUGCUCUGCCAGGUCUCCUGUAACUCAGGCUGGAGAAGGGAGAAAUCCCACGGGGUGAAGAAUGGGAGGACUGUGAGGGUGGAAUGGAUUUGUCACCAGUGAUAUGCAAGGGCUAAGGAGCAUCUGUGUAACAUGGCCCACCCUUGCGUAUCAGAUGUGUCUCAAGGUGUGGGAUCCCAGGAUGGGGUCUGGCCACAGAGAGCCCUCUCCAGGACCUUCUUUCCACACUCCACAGAAGGGACAGGGGAGGAAAAGAUGCCAGCACUUCGCACAGCCUCUGCUACAAGCUAUUGGAACCUGUAGUACCCCAGUCAGCCACACAACGCUCCCCUUGGGUUUCCCCUCCACCCUGCACAUGACCCCAUCUGAUUUGGUGUUUUCUGCAGGAUUGGCACCAGCUUCUUCACACGGAUAAAAUAACAGCAAGUGGGAAAAUCCAGCAGGUUCAGGACGGCAGGGAGUCCCUCGGCAGACUUUGCCUGAACCAGCAUUCUGCACUUGAGCGGCUCUCAGCCCAGAGGUUCAUGCUUUCUUAAGCAAGUUCACCAGAUGCAAAUAAAGGGUUUCUGUGGGGAUGCAGGGCUUGGCUCUGUCUUCUGCCCUGCCUCAAACUUGGGUUUAUCUCACCCAGCAGCCACCCUCCCACAGGGAGGUUUCAUGCCGCAGAGGGACCAAAAAAGACAACAAGACUGAGGGCAGCAGGGUCCCUGGGGAUGGGGACUGUCCCGGCUCCCCUCCCCGGCAGUGUGCAGCAGUACUGUGCUGCAAACAUGAUGCUAUGCUCUUAGUAACAUGUCCCUCAGGGUCACUCCCAGAUGUCCCUGGAGGUGGGAGACAAGCUGGGCUGUAGCCAGGCAGAGGGUAAGGCACAGCCCCAGUGUGCUGCCGCAGCCAAUGCUGCAGAGCCUUCCCCAUGAGAGCAGAGCAGAGGAAGCUCUCGGAUGCCCGAAAGCCCGGGGCGGUCGCAAAUGACUCUUGCAGAGCCGUCAGC